AUUGGAUCUAUAGCCGUAAAAUGACGUAAACGUUAACAUAAAACAAAAACAAUAGUCUGAAAGUCUCCCUCGUUAAUUUUCAUAAUUUGUUUUGCGAAUUUGCGACUGCAAAGUAGCCCGUGCUGUUACAAUAAUUCUGCUGGUGAUUAUUUAUUGAAUUUAAGUAUCUAGUUCAUUUAGUUAUAUUUUUUACGAUAUUUUUAUUUACGUGUUCGUCUGAUUUGUGGUCGAUUUCUUUCGAAUUUGGACAAAGCGCGUCGCUAAGUUAUAAAAUGAUGUAAUACUGUAACUGAGUAGAUACUUUUUGUAUGUCUGUAGGAAUAUUUUCAUUGGUUGUAACGAUGUCAUCGAGGAAGACCAAUUUACUUGUUAAAAACACUGGCAUGAGCCUAAAUGAUAGGUAGGUGUUUUUUUAUAUUCGUAUCGUUAUUCCAGCAGACAUGUAUAAUAUUUUAUGAGAUUAUACAAUUUAAUUUGUUUGUUUACCUAGGUUCACUCGCAUUCAACAAAAAUCCAAAACGAUCGGAGAAGAUGAACUCGUAAGAAAACCCCAUAUGCUUUCAUUUAAUGUGGAACGCAGACCUGAAGUAGCAACUUCCUUAUUGUUGAAUCAAGUAUGUUUUUUUUAUAUAUAUUUCAUGUUCUACCUAUUAUUUUAUGUAUGUUUAUAUUUAAAUAUUUAAAUAAUUAAUAUACUAUUACAAUUAUUGACAUUGGUUUUACAGGAAUUUGUGAAUCGAGAACGCCUCAGAGUACCAUUGCCACCUUUACCUCCUCCAAGACCUGAAAUUAACAAUCGCAUAUACAGCAAUAUUAUGCAUGACAUGAUCAGAUCAUCAGAAAGAUUAGGUGUUCCUAUUCAUGAUAGACUCACCAGAGUUCCAAUAAUAGAAGACAGAAGAAGAAUAAGAAGGAGAAGUAAAUAUUAUUAAAUUCACAAUGUAUAAACACAUUAUUACAUAGUAUUUAUGUUAUUAUACAUUUUAAAAUUUAUUUAGGAGGUCUUAAGAUGAAAGUACGAGAAUCUAAUAAACUUAAGGUGAAUGAGAUUUCAAGCAAUGCAAACACCACCAAAACUACUAAAUCCAAAAAACGUCAGUCAUCUAAACAAAAGUAUGUUACCUCAUGUCUUUUAAUAAAUUUAGACCUCUUAUUAUUUGUAAUAGGCGUUUGAAGACUGUUAAGAGUGAGGGUUUAUUAAAGAAUUAUAAGAGGUUUUCUAUUUUACAAAUUACAUUAGUCUUAAUUAAUUAAAUUGUGACAAUUUUAUUGAAUUGUAAUUAUUAAUUGAGUCUAAUUGACAAUUGCAUGUCUAAACUAUUAAACAGUUGUAUUAGUUUUCUAUAAUUUUUUUAAAAUUAUCUCAUAUUGUAUAAUUAAAUUAUUAUAGAUUUACAAAUGCUGGUCACUUGUGGUAAACUUCCACUUAACCCGAUCCUCCACAUAGUCCUCGUAAACACCUGCCUCAAAUAAUUCUCAAUCGUAUCCAACUACCUCUUUUUUUAAUUUUUUUUUUUUAUCUUCUAUCCCUUAUUCCUCCUAAAUCUUUUUAUAAUACAGUUCUUACUAUUUCUCAAUUCGUAUAACAUGCUCAAACCAUCUCAGUCUAUUUUCUCUCAUUUUGUCCACCAUCGAAGGCACACCUAAGCUACCUCUUAUGCACUCAUUCCUUAUUCUAUCUUCUCUUGUCACUCCACUCAUCCACCUAAGCAUUAUCAUCUCUUCUACACUCAUUCUCUGGUUUAUUUUCCAACACUCCGACCCAUACAAUAUAGUUUGUCUCAUCAUAUUCUAGUAGAACUUGCCUUUAAUUCUCAUUGAAAUCCUCACAUAAAACACCUAAUGCUUCCCUCCACUUAAUCAAAAUGGUUCACAACCUCAUCAAAACCACCAGUCUUUUGUACAAAAGAUCUUAGAUAUUUAAAGAUCUCAAUAUCAGCUAUUACGUUACUUUUUAUUGUCAUUAAGUGUCUUGUUUUGUUUCUCUAAACUCUUACUCUGUUUAUCUUUAGUCCCUUUUUUAAAAGUACUAUUCUCCAUCUCAAGCCUAUUGUUAAUUUCUUCCAAAUCUUCUCCUAUCAAAGUUAUAUUAUCAUCUGUAAAAUAUACACCAUACAUCCUCUCACUUAUUGUCCCUGCAUAUCCGAGAUAGAACAAUCUACCAAGAAGUAGGUAGCAUAAGUGUGACUUCCAAGUAGAUAAAAUGAAAGAAAAUAGAUUAUUAUGAGAUUAUUAGAUGGAUUAUUUAGGGAAUCUAUAAGCUAAAAAAAAAUGUAUACAUUCAAGUAAUAUUUAUAUCAAAUAAUUAAAUUAUACCAGUUUUAGAUUAGUGACUUUUCAAAAAAAAAUCUAGCAAUUUAAAGGUUGGGUAACACUAAAAAUUUGAUUAUUUUAUACCUUAAAAAUAAAUUGAUACCCAGUGAUUUUUUUCUGUUUUAAUUGCAUUCUAAUCAUUGAUCAUUAUUGAUUAGAUAAGUAAAUGGAUUUAGAUUUAUAGGUAAAAUGAUAAAUUAAAAUCGUAAUUACUGUGGAUCAAGUAUUAUUUAAAUUUACACUAUAGUACUUAUAAUAAUUAUUAGAAUUAUAUGCAUUUUUAUGUUUAUACAUAGUGUAUGCACAUCGAUAAGAGUUUGAAAUAUCUACAAUUCAUAUCACACCAAAUUUGACUUUUCAUAUUUUGCAUAUCAGUUCAUAAAUUCAUAUAAUAUGUAUUAACUAUUGAUAAAUCAAUUUUACUGUAGAAAAAAAGUUGUUGACAUUGUUUCUCAGAGAAAUUUUGUUAAAACAUUGUUAUGUUUGCCACUGUGUAUGAGCUCUAACCCAUGACUCACAAUCACGUAUAUCUUGGUGUUAUCAUUUUUGUUGUGUAGUGUGUUGUUAUAUUUUAAAAUCUUGUGUUAAAAAGCAUCUAGUUUUGAUUUUAUUAUUUUGAAAGUUUCUUGUUAGGUUUUCCGAUAUGUUAUUUCAAAUAAUAUAUAUAGUAAAUUCUUACUAAGUUUAUUACUAUUCUUGGUGUAAAAAUGGUGUUUAAUUUUCUUAAAACAAUUACAAAACAAACAAUUUUCUUUACUUUAUUAAGUAUUAAUACAAUUGCAUAUUUAGCCACUUUUUAUAUGCAUAUUUCAUCAUAUAUCAGACAAUUUUUAAAUGCAUAUAAUUAUGGGCUUUAAUAAUUAUAUUCAAAAUUGAAAUGUAUAUGUAUUUGUACAGUGUAAAUUUUUAAUUCAAUUUUCUAGAGACCCAUUUCCUCGUAAAGAACAGGUUUUUUCUAAAGAAGAUUUAGACCAACAGCUGGAUCAAUUCAUGUCUCACACCAAACAAAAGCGAGAUGAAGAACUGAAUAAAGUUAUUCAAGAACAUUCAUAGAAACGUUUAAUAAAACAAUUUAGUAUAAAUUUAAUAGCUAUAAAUUGGUAUGCUAUUACUGUUUGAAAUAAGUUAAAAUAAAUAUUUCCGAGUAUCUUCUAGUUCAAACUAUUAUUCAUGAAAAAUAAAUUGAUUUUACUAUCUUAAUGUGAAAUGUUAUUUUCCUCAUUUUUUUAACAAUUAAGCAAUUUUAUAUUAAUUAGAUAAAAUGAAACUACAUUGACUGUUUAAUUAUACUUGAAAAAAAAAAAUAUGUGCUUGUAAAAAUAUUUGUAUGUAUUUGUUUAAUUUAUUAUAAUUAAAUAAAAUAUAUGUUCAAUUAGUAAAAUUAAUAAGCAUAUUUUAUUGAAAAAAGCAAAUUAUUUUAUAAUAAAUUGGAUAGUUUUUUUCUUUUUCGAUUUGUAUUUUUCAGUGCUAGAAUAUCUUGUCUUGUAUAAUCUUUCCUAUCCUAUUUCAGGGUUAUAACUUAAAUAAUACAUUUAGAAAGUGAAAAUUUACUAAUUUUAUUUUAACAGUAAUUAAAUUUUACUAAAUAUUAUCAAUCUUAUAUUUUAAUUUUUUUUAUAGAAACAUCAACUAUAGUAACAUUUAUAUGCCGCAUAUACACAACCACACAGGCAACAGGUUGAGAGAACACACCAUUAUCUACUAAAGGAUAACAAAAAAAAAAUAGACAAGUUACUUAGAAUGUAAAUUGUUGCAUUUUAUGUUAAAAUUAUAGUUUAACCACAAAUAGCAAAAUUUAAUAAUAUUUGUUGUUUUUAAAAUUUCAACCUAAAUGUCACAAUUUACAUACUUAGUAACGUCAUAAUUUGAUUAUAUUUUAAUUCAAUUGAAAUAAU